AUGGUGGAAGAGGCUGGACAACCAAACGUAGAUUUCUUUCCUUGGUUAAGAGUGCUGGACCUUUUGGGAGGAAGGCGGCGUGUCACGGCUAAGCUCAAGAAGAUUCAUGCAGUGUUUGAUGAACAGAUAGAUCGGCGCUUAACUGCUACGAAAGAAGGGGAAGGAAGGACACAUGAUGAUUUUUUGGAUUCUCUCCUUCAUGGUUUCAAGCUUGAUAGACCCACUAUGAAAGCUUUGUUUACCAUGCGAUCAUCUCAACUUCGUUUUCUUGAGCAGCUUGCUAAAGUAGUAUUCUUGUUUUGGCAGGAUUUAUUUGCUGCGGAGAUUGAUACAAGCUCAAUCACUGUGGAGUGGGCUAUGGCAGAGCUGAAUAAGAACAUUAAGGCUAUGGAGCGAGCAGUCGAGAUAGCUGCUGUUAUAGGGACAAAAAAGGAAGUUGUGGAAUCGGACAUUGAAAAGCUUCCUUAUUUACAAGCAGUGGUGAAAAAGACCCUCCGAUUGCACCCACCUGCGCCCUUGUUGCUACCUCGCACGACGCAGUCGAGUGUGGAAUUUGGGCAGUACUUGGUGCCAAAAGGAGCGCGUCUUUUGGUGAACGCAUGGGCCAUCGGCGGAGAUGCCACGCUGUGGUCCGACCCGGACGUGUUCAUUCCUGAGAGGAUUUUAGACAAGGAGAUCGAUUUCAAAGGACGAGACUUUGAGUUCAUACCCUUCGGAGUAGAACGCCGGAUGUGCGUGGGGAUCUCACUAGCCUUUCGAAUGGUGCACCUAAUGCUUGCUUCACUGCUUGUGAACUUUGAUUGGAAGCUACCUGAUGGUAUGGAACUAGAGAGUCUGGACAUGAGCGAGGCGUUUGGACUCAGCUUGGCUAUGUCCAUUCCUUUGCGUGCCAUCCCAAGUGUCAACUAGUUCCCAAUUGCUAACGAUUAUACUCCAACUAAAUCUUAUUUCUUUUUUU